CUGCACUUUGUCAAAAGCUGCCUACUAGUGUCAAGUGCAGCUGUGAAACACAGUGUGAGACGUGCCAAAUCCCCAGCCAGAAGGCUGUCCACAGUUCUCAAUCGCAAGUCCAGACAACGUAGCAUGGGCAAGACCGUUGGGCGCGGAGGGAAGUCCACAAUUCUCUCCUACGCUGCACGUGCGGCCAAAGCCAAGAAGCGUCGACCGAGACGUGUUGACUGGACGGUAUCCAAAUCGCGCAAAAAGUUUCGGGUGGAUCGGCGUGCGCCAGUGCGGGACUCGAAGCGCUGCUAUCACGCGGCGACGAUGAAGGUCUGCAAGAGGGGGAACUUUCCUCUUGCUGCCGACGCAGCUCCGAUUGGCCGCGUAGCGCAGACGCCGCUUGAGCUGCUAGAUGAGGAGGGGGAGGAAGCUGCCGACGCAGAGGUUGGAGAGACAGCGAGCCUGGAGACCUAUUUCGACGGGGUCUCGGAGGGAGCUGCGGCACUUACUUGUGCUAACGAGGCACGUAUAGCACUCCCAGAGAACGUUGGCGCGUCCCUCAUCUCUCAGGACGCUCAAGCGCACGGAAAACCUGUUGUUAUCGACUUAACCAGUGGUGACGAAGAGCAAGCAGUGUCGUCAAUCCGUCAAUCUGAAUGCUUCUCCACCGAAGUCGUCCAGUGGCCGCGCGGAGUCACGCCUUCGAGCAAGCUAAGUAACCCUACCAAUAUUCGCUUUCGAGAUAUCGGAGCUACUGACUGGUGCGGUUGCACUUCCACCUGUGAGCGGGAGAGUUGUGAUAACGCCUUCACUGAAAUUUAUUGUACUUCGCGGAACUGUCGGGUAGGAAGCAAGUGUGGAAACCGAUUGGUGGACUUUGGGGGUAUUGAGCUUCGGAAAGGCUGCGCAGGGUAUGGAGUAGUAGCAACAUCGUUUAUCCCGGAAGGAGCUAUAGUGGGUGAGUACACUGGAGUUCUCACAACUCAUGAUUUCGAGAAAGAUGAUGAACGAACGAGCGACUACGCCUUGGGUCUAGCAACUGCAGAUGUAAAGGGUCGAAAGGUCUACAUCGACGCGAAGACGCAAGGAGGGUUGACAAGGUUCAUCGACCACUCGUGUGAUGCAGCCGCCGGGUUUUUUGAGAUGCAGUACCGUCGGCAGACACGCGUUGCCGUGAUCGCUCUUCGGGAUAUCCCUGUCGGAAAAGAGAUUACGGUUGACUACAAUGACAUUUGGUUUGAAUGUGUAUGCAAGAGCCCAGGGUGCAGAAAUCCAGCAAAGCCGACGCAGCCCGAAGUAAUUGAGAUCGAGUAGGUUCCAUCCGCAGUGAUAAGAACACAAAAAAAAAAUCAUUUUGAAGCUGAGGGAUUGCAUUUAUCUAUUCCAAUACUACUGCACAGCUUCGUCUGUUGUGUCCACUAA